AUCCCGCGCGGAAGGCGGGGCGCGGCGCCCGGCGCUCCGCGCGUUGCCGGGCAACGCGACGCCAUCACCGCGCGCCGGGUCGCGCCGACGUCACCGCGGCGCGCCGGCGGCGGCGGAGGGGGGGAGACAAGAUGGCGGCGCGCGGCGAGGACCGGGAGGGCCCCGAGGCCUCGGAGGGCCCCGAGACCCCUUCGCCGCCCCCGCCGGGCCCCGGCGGCGGCGUCAACGUGUUCGCCAACGACGGCAGCUUCCUGGAGCUCUUCAAGCGCAAGAUGGAGGCGGAGGAGCAGCAGCAGCGCGAGCGCGAGGCGGCGGCGGCGGCGGCCGGCGAUGGCGGCGGCACCACCGGGAGCGGCGGGCCCGGCGCGCAGCGAGGGGGGGACGGGGCGAAGAGGAGCGGCGGAGCGCUCGGCUUUGUGGGGCGGCGGAGGGGGGGCAACAAACUGGCCCUGAAAACGGGAGUGGUGGCCAAGAAACAGAAGACUGAUGAGGAGGUGGGUCCUGGG